CCACCAUUGUAAUCACCAAAUCUCACACCAACAGACAUAAUGUCUUCAGAAUCGCCGCGGAAGUCAACCCGCGCCGGUACGGCGCGACGAAAAGCCCCCGUCAUCGAUUCGUCCGAUGUCGAGGAGGAGAACCAAUCCCCUCAAAUCAAACAGGAAGAAGAGGAUGACUUUACACCUGCACCCUUACCCGCGAAAAGGCGUGGACGACCACGAAAAAACGCAGAUGAGAGUGCGACGCCGAAACCCACUGCCCCACGAAGGCGACCGCGCGCCACUGAGAGCGUCGAGCCCAGCCAGAUGUUCAGUCCUACCAGUUCGGUAGCGGAGCCACAGUCGGCCAUAAAGAAGGAGCCAACGAAGCGAAGGACAAGCACAAAGCCAGCUCCAAGUGCAAGGAAACCUCGCGUAUCUGCGGCUGCGACAUCUGUAGACGGAGAUUCGCAUCUCCUCACUCCUGAGCCGACUGCCUCGCCCGAGCCCCAGCCCGUUCAAACUCCCAGUACCCCACUGGCCGAUAUCACAGAUUCCGCGGUCAAUGAGAGAAUACCAGUGCCUGAGCCUGAGCCUGAGCCUGAAACGGAAAUCCAAAAUACAAUCAUCGAGAGAACACCAGUGCCUGAACCUGAAACGGAAAUCCAAAAUACGAUCAUCGAGAAGCCUAAUGCUCGAGAUCCCGUGUUUGAAAAACCAAUGGAUAUACUGGUGCGAAAGAGAGCAGCAGGACUUAUUGUUGCACCGGAGCCCACCGUUCCAAAGAAUCGCAUGGUUAUCACCUAUUUGAUUCUCACGAACUUUAAAAGUUACGCUGGUCGUCAAGAAGUGGGGCCAUUCCAUGCCUCGUUCUCCUCCGUUGUGGGACCCAAUGGCUCCGGGAAAUCCAAUGUCAUCGACUCUCUGUUGUUUGUGUUUGGUUUCCGUGCCAGCAAGAUGAGGCAGGGGAAGAUAUCUGCGCUUAUACACAAUUCUGCCGCAUUUCCCGAUCUGGAUCACUGCGAAGUCGAGGUGCAUUUUCAAGAGGUGAUGGAUUUACCGGGUGGGGGCACUGAGGUGGUUCCAGAGUCGACCAUUGUCAUUUCUCGACGGGCUUUCAAGAACAACUCCAGUAAAUACUAUAUCAACAAAAGGGAAUCCACGUUCACCGUCGUUACAAGCCUGCUAAAGGAUAGAGGCGUUGACCUUGACCAUAAACGCUUCCUGAUUUUACAGGGUGAAGUCGAAUCCAUUGCGCAGAUGAAGCCUAAAGCUGCCAGUGAACAUGACGAUGGCCUCCUUGAAUACUUGGAGGAUAUCAUUGGCACUUCUAAAUACAAGACCCCCAUCGAGGAGGCUGCCGCAGAAACCGAAACCCUUAACGAAGUCUGCACAGAGAAAAGCAACCGUGUACAGCAUGUGGAGAAAGAGAAGAGUGGGCUAGAAGAGAAAAAGAACAAAGCGCUAGCCUAUCUCCGCGACGAAAAUGAGUUGGCCAUCAAGCGCGCGACACUGUACCAGUUAUACAUAUCUGAGUUUGAUGAUCAUAUUCAAGUUACGGAGGAGUCAGUCAACCAACUCAAAGCUCAGCUCGAGGAAGAACUCGCGAAGCACAAGGGCAACGAAGAAGGGAUCGAAUCCCUCGACCGGCAACAUGCGAAAGGGUUGAAGGAGUGUGGGAAGCUUGAGAAACAGACUCAGGAAGUCCUAGAUCAAAUGUCAAAAUUCGAGAAGGAGGCCCUCAAAUUUGAAGAGAGAAGGAAGUUCCUGGCAAACAAGCAGAAGAAGUCGGAAAAGACUAAAGAAAGCAGCAGGCAUGGAAUAUCCGAGGCAGAGACGACCUCUAAGCAAUGUACAGAUGACAUUGAGCGAUGCAGCGAAGAGAUUGCAGAGCUCGAACAGGAAAUGAAGGUCGAGGAGAAGGAGUUGGACGCUCUUCGUGCAAGCCUGGCAGGGAAAACCCAAGGUCUUUCAGACGAGAUUGCAGAGAAACAAAAGUCACUGGAACCAUGGAGUGCGAAGAUCAACGAAAAACAGUCUACCAUCGCAGUUGCUCAGAGUGAACUUGAUAUUCUUCGCGAGAAGGAGAACUCUGGUGCCAAAAACAUCGCCGAGGUCGAAGCGAAAAUUGCAACCUUGGAAGCUUCAAAAGAAGCAAAGGCCGCCGAACUCGACGACUGCAAGAACGAGAAAGAUCGGGUUGAAGAGGAGGCGGAUAACGUCCAGGCGCAGAUCGAUGAUUUGAUUAAACGAGAACCUGCUCUGCAAUCGAAAUUGUCUGGAGCCAGGCAGAAGGCGGACGAGGCUCGUGCGAGUCUUUCAGCAACACAAAAUCAAGGCAACGUCCUUUCGGGCCUGAUGCGAUUGAAAGAUUCCGGGCGUAUCAAUGGCUUCCAUGGUCGACUCGGAAACCUCGGCACAAUUGAUCAAAGAUACGAUGUAGCCAUUUCCACGGCAUGCCCGCAACUAGAAAACAUGGUAGUCGACACAGUGGAAGUUGGCCAACAGUGCAUAGACUACUUGCGGAAGAACAAUCUCGGACGAGCCAACUUCAUCCUUCUAGACCGACUUGCUCGUCGAGAUCUCAGCCAAAUCGAUACGCCCGAGAAUGCCCCUCGCCUAUUCGAUCUUGUGAAGCCAAAGCAUGAUCGGUUCGGCCCUGCCUUCUACAGUGUCUUGCAGAACACGCUCGUCGCGAAAGACCUUGAACAAGCAAACCGCAUUGCUUAUGGUGCGAAGCGUUGGCGAGUAGUGACUCUGGAUGGCCAGCUCAUAGACAAAUCUGGUACUAUGAGCGGUGGUGGCACUCGGGUUGCAAAAGGCGGAAUGUCCUCGAAGCUCGCUUCGGAUGUUACCAAGGAGCAAGUCGUCAAGUUGGAGCAAGAUCGCGACGCACUGGAGCAGGCCUUUGCCGAUAUUCAGCAACAGCAUCGUGAGCUGGAGAUGAGCCUACGUCAAUUACGGGAUCAAAUUCCUAAACUUGAGACCAAAGCCCAGAAGCUUGCCCUCGAGUUGGACAGCUUUGAUCGCAAUAUUGCAGAUUCUCAGCGGCGCAUCGAAGAACUCAGUGCCGAGCAGUCUAGCACUAAGUCAGACAAGGCCCGCAUAUCCGCGCUGGAGAAGAGCAUCGCAAGCACGGAAAAGGAGGUCGCAAAGCUGCAUGCAGAGACUGCUGAUAUAGAGGCCGAGAUCAAAGCGAUUCAGGACAAGAUCAUGGAGAUUGGCGGCGUCAAGCUUCGUAGUCAGAAUGCUAAAGUCGCUCUGUUGAAAGGGCGGAUCGACACGUUGACUGACGAGGCCUCUAGUGCGGAGAUCUCGAGGUCGAAGGUUCAGAAACAAAAGCUGAAGCACGAGAAGUCGUUCGCCGAUGCCUCCAAAGAAUUGGAGAAGCUCGCCGUCGAAAUUGAAAAGGUCGAAGAAGACAUGGAGGCGCAAAAGCGGGACGUUGAGGGCACAAGGGAACGUGCAGAAGAGGCACAGGAAGCCUUGGAGACGCGGAAAGAGGAGCUUCAAGAGCUCAAGAAGGAGCUGGACGAGCGAAAGGCCGAGCUUCAGAAAACACGUGGCAUCGAGAUCGAAAUGCGCAAUAAGCUGGAAGAGGGCGAGAAUAACCUUGGGGAGUUCCGGCGGAAGCAGCGUGCCUUCCAGGACAAGCUCGGAAACCUCAACUACCAGAGCCUUAGCGACAUCGGUGAGGAACAAGAGUCCGACGGGAUACCAACCUUCACAAAGGAUGAACUGCAAGAUAUCGACCGAGAUGACUUGAAGAGUGAAAUCGCCAGCCUCGAAAAGAAGAACGAGAAUGUCUCGGUUGACACGUCUGUCUUGGCCGAAUACCGAAAACGGGUGGAGGAACAUGCCGCUCGCUCCCAGGACUUGGCCAGCGCAGUUGCUGCUCGUGAUGCUGCGCGCAGUCGAACCAAUGAAUUGCGCCACUUGCGCCUCGAGGGCUUCAUGACAGGCUUCUCGCAAAUCUCCAUGCGCCUGAAGGAGAUGUAUCAGAUGAUCACGAUGGGUGGCAACGCUGAGUUGGAGCUCGUCGACAGUCUGGACCCAUUCUCUGAGGGAAUUCUCUUCAGCGUCAUGCCUCCCAAGAAGAGCUGGAGGAAUAUCAGCAAUCUGUCAGGUGGAGAGAAGACGCUGAGCUCUCUAGCGUUGGUGUUUGCACUACAUCACUACAAGCCAACACCGCUAUACGUCAUGGACGAGAUUGACGCAGCUUUGGAUUUCCGAAACGUUUCGAUUGUUGCAGCGUACAUCAAAGAGAGGACCAAGAACGCACAAUUCAUCGUCAUCUCACUCCGAAACAACAUGUUUGAGCUUGCUGCUCGUUUAGUCGGUGUAUACAAGGUUAAUCACAUGACCAAGAGUGUCACGAUUGAGAACAAAGACUACAUCACCGGGCGAGCGUAGAUGGAACGAGCACCGAUGGCGGCUUUUAAUAUUGUAUAUUCUUUCUACCGACAAGACAUAGGGUGAUGACCAAGGUGAUGAUGGGAUGGGGCAUGAUGGCGUUCUGGGUAUGUUGCAUCAUGAAUUGGAAUUGGGUGGGACAUGGACAUCAAGGGAUGGACGGGUGGAGCGAUUGCCAUGUGCGAUGCCCGUGUGCCAAUUUUCUAGCCUGAUAGGCAUGCAAUGUUUAUGUUUUUCACGAUCGUAUCUCUACUGAUAUUGGCUAUAUGAACAUAAGAUCAUUGACUUCACCU